AUGGAAAUUCAAGGGACGCUUUUGGAACCUACGCUUUUGGACUUUGCCAGUGACGUUCACUUUCUAGAUUUAUCUCCAAAACCGGCAGCAAAGCUUAACUCGGUCACGUCUCUGCACAGCGCGGAUUUGCGGGGCCGAUUUUUGGAUAUCAUCUCCAUCCCCGGAGGAGACGAGCCGACGCGCUCCGCUCAGAGCGGCUAUCCGCGGACGGGCGACACGCCCGCGCUUGGCACGGCCUCGCUCACGGGGAGGUCAAAGAGGAAGCGCGUGAUCACCACCGUCCAGCGGCAGGCCGCGAACAUCAGGGAACGGAGGCGGAUGUUCAGCCUGAACGAGGCUUUCGAUGACCUGCGGAAGAAGGUGCCCACCUUCGCCUACGAGAAGAGGUUGUCCCGGAUCGAAACUCUGAGACUCGCCAUAGUGUACAUCUCCUUUAUGACGGAUCUGCUGGAGGAAAAUAACGCGCCUAUCGGCUGA